CUUUUCUGAUGAUCGCCAGUUUCUGCCCAGUUUUCCUUCCCACCCCUCUCUGCCAACAGGAUUCCCUGCCUCUGCAAAAAAAAAAAAAGCCCCGAAUCUUCUUCUACCUGCAAAGGUAUCUUCAAAGGUCCUUUCGGGAGCCAAAAUUUUCUACCCGGGUGUUUUCUUUUUCCAAACUUUUAACCCUUCUUUGGAUUCUUGUCCUUUGGACUUUGCACACUCUGUUGGCCUGUCCCACCUUUGUUUUUUUUUUCCCUCCCACCCUUAAAACCCUUUCCUGGGCUGAGCCUGCAGCCAUCCUGUUCCCUACCUUUCUUGUGCAACUGGCACUCAGACUUUUCCCAUAGUUGGCUCAUCCAUCCUUCCCUUCCCCUCCCCGCCAGCUGCAGCAGUUCCCUCCUCUUUGUCCAAAACUAUCAGGAUGUGCUCUGCAACCCUUUGCCUUCUGGAUCAUGGCUGGUCUUGCUCGUUAUGACAAAACUAGGUUUGACUCACGGGCUGCUGGUGGCUGUUUCAUCCAGACAAAAUGCUGAGUCCCACCUACAAGCAACGCAACGAAGACUUCCGCAGGAUCUUCAAAGGGCUGCCUGAAGCUGAGCGUCUUCUUGUAGAUUACUCCUGUGCAUUGCAGCGUGACAUCCUCCUUCAAGGACGGCUUUAUCUAUCGGAGAAUUGGAUCUGUUUCUACAGCAACAUCUUUCGAUGGGAGACCACGAUCUCCAUCCAGCUCAAGGAGGUGAUAUGCAUCAAGAAGGAAAAAACCGCUAAGCUGAUUCCCAAUGCAAUUCAGAUUUGCACAGAGAAUGACAAGCAUUUCUUCACAUCCUUUGGUGCCCGUGACCGAUGCUUCAUGCUAAUCUUUCGCCUUUGGCAGAACGCACUUCUGGAUAAGACUUUGCCCCCACGAGAACUCUGGCACAUUGUCCAUCAAUGCUACGGUUCUGAACUUGGCUUGACCAGUGAAGAUGAUGACUAUGUUUCUCCCAUUGAUGACCUCAAUGGCUUGGGAAGCCAGAAAGAAAUUGGAGAUGAUAUUGACCUGACAGAGCUGACCUCCCGCUGCAGCACUGACCUCAAGCUGGACACCAGUCCCUUGCUGGACAAAAGGGACACCAGCCAUUGCAUCAACUCACUGGCCAGUAGCAGCGAUGGAACCACAUCGGUGAGGACGGGGGAUUCAGAAGACAGCUGGAAUGUUAUAAAGCUGGCUGAGGAUGCAGAGGACAACACUGACAGCCAAAUGGAUGCUUCAUCCAGCCACACAGUGACCUCAGCCACAGACCCCCUUCUGGAUGACUUGGUGCAUGGGUCUGCUGGGUCCCCCCUGGAGGGGGACCCCAGUGAAGAGCUCCCCACCGACAUGAGCAAUUCCUCCUCAUCCACGCAAGAUGAAGCUGAGGUGGAAGCCUUCUUCACAGACUUACCAGGGCGGCUCCUGAUCAAUGCCGUGUAUCACGUUGGAGCUGAGAGGCUGCAGCAAAUGCUCUUCAGCGACUCCCAGUUCAUGCACAGCUUUUUCGACCAACGCAAAUUCACAGAUGUCACACUGAGUUCAUGGAGCGGAGACAGCAAGUGUCAUCAAAGCCGGAUCAUGACUUACACCAUUCCCAUCAGCAACCCAUUGGGCCCCAAGGCUGCCCCUGUGGUGGAGAAUCAGACUCUUUUCCGUGCCAGUUCCAAGAAUGGAGGCUGUGUGGUGGACACAGAAGUGAUCACUCAUGGCAUCCCUUACGAGGAUUACUUCUAUACUGUGCAUCGGUACUGCAUCACCAAAGUAGCCAAAAGCAAAGCCAGGCUCAGAGUCUCCUCUGAAAUCCGAUAUCGGAAGCAGCCAUGGUCCCUUGUGAAGACUUUGAUUGAGAAGAAUGCGUGGAGUGGUGUUGAAGAAUUCUUCCAGCACUUGGAGCUGGCGCUGGUGCAAGCAGAAAAGGCUCUGCUAGAGGAGAGCUGCCAUGGCAAAGAAACCCGGGGUCUCUUGUCCGGAUUGCGUCGCAGGAAACGGACUCUGAGCUGGAGAGCUCCUCAUGUUGAAGCCCCCAUGCCCACGCUACCCGAUAGCGAAGGGGCGUCGCGUGCUCUUCGUCCUUCAGGCAGCCUGACCUCACAUCUUUCAGAACAACUGUUGGAGCCAGGACAGGGACAAACCGUCUCCACCGUGAUCCUCGUCAUCAGCCUGGUUCUUUUAGUUCUGGUUAUCCUCAACAUGAUGCUGUUCUACCGGCUGUGGUCUCUGGAGCACACAGCCCGAACCGUGGAGUCAUGGCAGACGUAUGCGCUCUCCAGUGGGAAGCUUCCACAGACGGCCUCAGAAUGGGCAGAGAUUUUGGAGUUGCAGAAACAGUUCCAUAGCGUGGAGGUGCAAAAGUGGAAACAGAUCCUGAAGGCAUCAGUGGAACUUCUGGAUGAGAUGAAGCUCUCCCUUGAGAAGUUGCAGCAAGGCAUCAUGGUGGCAGAACCCCCGUUGGAACCGGAGUGAAGGCACAGUACCUUCCUCUCUCUCUCUCUCUUUUGAGAAGGUUGCUGAGUUACCACAAAGAAGGCUCCUGAGAUCUAUCUCAGAAACUGUUGAACCAGUGGCGUGGACAUCCUGUGGGAGGAGACAGCGCCGGGCUCCUCGCCAGAUCCCAUCACCUUGGACAUUAUCCUCAAGAGUUGCCACUGGUAGCGAUGGGUCUCUUGGUUUUUGCCGGGAACAUCUUUCUUGGACCAUUCUCCCCGGGAUAGUUCCUGUAGGGACUUCUCUUUAUCCCUCUCCCCACUUCAGUGCUAUUUUUAUUGCACCCAGGACCUUCCGAGAAUCCUUGAUUUUCCUGUCUCCUGGCACUGGUCCUUUUGUUUUCCUUUCCCCCAGCUAUUGUUUGGGGAGGAAGGGAUCAGUUUUGGGGACGGGGAUGGACUCUGGAGCUGGGAUCUCUUCUUUUGCCCUGAAACUUCACUCAGCAGCUAAGACACCCUGAUGGAGGACAGCAAAGAACCCAGUCCUGCCAUUCUCUUAGUCUGCCUCUCUAACGCACAAGCGAUCAUGAACUGACGGCGAGGCAAAAGCAAAUCAGAGGCGCCGGGGUGUGUAUGUGUGUGUUGUCAUUCCUUCUUCAGCUCUCUUCGCUGCUGCUUCUGUACCUUGUUUUUCCUACCAUUCAGUGGGUUGAUUUGUCAACGUUGUUAAAAGGGAUUUUCCCAACCAGUUGCCUCCGAUAGGGUAAAGGCAUGUCAGGCCCACAUUUUCAGACACAGAAAAAAAACAGGAGGCUGGACUACAGCAUCUUCUUGCUGAUGCCAUCUAUUAACCCAGAAAACUUUCUGAACAAGGGGUUCACCUUUGAAAUAUCCCUGGAGCUUUGAAAGAUACAUCACACCAGCAGUUCUCUAUACAUACCUAUACGCUGGAGUCCAGUCCAGCCCUUCUUUUCAGAGUAGUAUUUGACUUAUGAAAGGUAUGCGCUGAGUUCUGCUCUUGGACUUGUAUUUACGCAACACUAAACCCAAAUGCCUGGUGAAAAGAGCACACCUGUUUUCCCCACCUGUGCAUAGCCAGUCAUAAACGUAAUGCAGGGUUUCUAACCUUGACAGCAUUAAGAUAUCUGGACUUCCAACUCCCACAAUUCCCCCAAUCAGCAUGGGGGAACUCUGGGGGCUGAAGUCCAGACAUCUUAAUAUUGCUAAGAUUGAAAAAUAAACAUGACUUCACGGUGUGCAAUCUGAACCAGAAACAGUCAACAUUUGAGAUGGAUUGAAAAUGGAUUUUGCAGCCAAGGUGUGUUACAGGUUUAAGCAUUCCGUAACCUCAAAUGGCACACUUUUUUUGAAUUUGGAAGAAAAACGGUGUUAAUGAACUACACACACACACACACACACACACGCACACAGUUAUUGAGAGGAUGGGCAAAGUGCUAAUGUUCUCAUUCACUGGGCAUUUGGUUUGGUGUGCCAUGCAAACCAAGACAAUUUAGUUCAUAAUUCUCCAAAUGGUGCUUUUUAGGGAACGUUGUAUCUGGGUGCGGUCAAGAAUGGUGGUUCCAUCUGGGUUUUAUUUUUUUAAACCCUGUGCAGCAUGCCACAUGUGCCACACCAGAGACACUCUCAUCAGUCUCCUGGACAACAGCUGGGCCUUUGCCUUCUCACCAAGAAGCUGUAUUGCCUCUAUAAAGUAAAGUUUCACUGCCAAUCUCGGCCUCUUAAGCCCUUCAAAUAUACUGCCGGCGGCAGGGAGGGGGCAUUAAUUCUGCCCCCUCCUGGAGAGGGGGUUGUGUGUCUGUCAAUUUUGUGUUCCCUUCCCCCCACA